AUGUCGGGCUGGGACGCCAUGAUCGAGUCGCUGAGCGUGAUCGCCGUCCCCGACGGCGACGCCGCGGCGCUGAGCGCGUGCUGCAUCGCGGACCACGCGGGAAACGUCUGGGGACAAAGCGCGCAAUUCCCAGGUUUCAACGCCGAUGAAGCGCGGGCGUUGAUGGCGUUAUUCGCUGAUCCCAUCGAGCGCGCGAGCGAGGGCAUCACCAUCGGUGGCUCGCGCUACGUCUUUCUCAACGGCGGCGACGACUACGGCGUCGUGCGCGGCAAGCGCGGCGCGCAGCACGGCGUCGUGAUCAAAAAGACCAAAACGGCGUUCGUGAUCGGCAUUCACGGCGAUAACUUGGAGACGAGACAAGUCAGCGCGCACGUCGAGCAGUUCGGCGACUACUUGGCGUCUCAGGGCAUGUAA